AUGAAGCUCACAUUCAAAGAUCUGAAACAGCAGAAGUUUGUAAUCGAUGCAGAACCCUCGGAAACUGUCGGGCAAGUGAAGGAGAAAAUCUCCACGGAAAAAGGAUGGGAUGUCCCUCAGUUGAAGCUCAUCUAUUCCGGCAAGAUUCUUCAAGAUGACAAGACAAUCGAAUCGUAUAGUAUCGAAGAGAAGGGAUUCAUUGUGUGCAUGGUAUCAAAGCCCAAAACUCAGCCCACAUCUGCCACUCCUUCACAAGGUCCCUCUACACCAUCUCGAGCAGUAGCCUCAACUCCCGCUGCGCCUCCUGCCCCUGCCCCUGCCCAAUCUAUGAAUACGUCAGCCCCCGCUGUCCCUGCAACUCCCUCUCCUGCCUCGUCCGGUGCCGCUCAAGCCCCCCCAGCCGCUUUCAACGAUCCCUCGGCCCUGUUGAGUGGCUCUCAGGGCGAGCAAGUUAUUGCUCAGAUGGAGAGCAUGGGUUUUGAUAGAAGCGAUAUCACUCGUGCGAUGAGGGCCGCCUUUUUCAACCCGGAUCGUGCUAUUGAGUACCUCUUGAACGGUAUCCCCGACGACAUCCAACAGGAACAGCAUCAACCCGCCGCUGCCACCCCCGCCGCCCCCCAGGUCCCUACUGCUCCCAUUGGAGGUGCUGCCCCCGCUGCUGCCUCUGCGGAAGACGAGCCGGUUAAUUUGUUCGAAGCAGCUGCUCAGGCCGGCAAUCCGGAAGGUGGUCGGACUCGUGGAGGUGCAGGUGGCGAAGGUCUCUCAAAUCUUGACUUCCUUCGCAACAACCCCCAUUUCCAGCAACUUCGCCAGCUUGUCCAGCAGCAGCCACAGAUGCUUGAGCCAAUUCUCCAGCAAGUCGGUGCUGGUAACCCCCAAAUCGCUCAGCUUAUUGGACAAAACGAGGAGCAAUUCCUUCAGCUAUUGAGCGAGGAGGAUGAUUCCGGUAUUGCGCCUGGCACUACUCAGAUUCACGUCACAGAAGAGGAGAGGGAUGCGAUUGAACGGCUUUGCCGUCUCGGGUUCUCGCGAGACUUGGUUAUCCAGGCUUAUUUCGCUUGCGAUAAGAACGAAGAGCUCGCAGCAAACUACCUGUUCGAGAACUCUGACGACGCUGACGAUGUAUGA